CUUGAACAAGAUCACAAGACUAAUCAUAGACAACUUAUUAUUAUCGGGCUGUCGACUGUCAUCAGGUGAUUGAAUUGGGGAAAAGUCCUGAAUUAGGAUAAAAAGUCCAUAAAUUUUCUGAAUUAUCAUGUCUGGAAAGGAAAAACUAGCCAUUUUCCCAUCUCGAGGGGCUCAAAUGUUAAUGAAGGCCCGUUUAGCUGGAGCACAAAAGGGCCAUGGGUUACUCAAGAAAAAAGCUGAUGCUUUACAAGUGAGAUUCCGUAUGAUUCUCAGUAAAAUUAUUGAGACUAAAACCCUUAUGGGUGAAGUGAUGAAAGAAGCCGCAUUUUCUCUUGCUGAAGCCAAGUUUACAACUGGAGACUUCAAUCAAGUGGUCUUGCAAAAUGUCACUAAAGCUCAAAUCAAAAUCCGCUCUAAGAAAGAUAAUGUUGCUGGUGUCACACUCCCAAUAUUUGAGUCUUAUCAAGAUGGCUCGGACACAUAUGAGCUUGCUGGUCUUGCUAGAGGUGGUCAGCAACUAUCCAAGUUGAAGAAGAACUUCCAAAGUGCUGUUAAGUUGCUUGUGGAGCUGGCUUCUCUGCAAACUUCAUUUGUAACACUCGAUGAAGUUAUCAAGAUUACUAACAGGCGUGUGAAUGCUAUUGAACAUGUAAUCAUUCCGCGACUUGAGCGCACAUUGGCCUAUAUUAUUUCCGAGCUGGAUGAGUUGGAACGUGAGGAGUUCUACCGCCUGAAGAAAAUCCAGGACAAGAAGAAGAUCAUUAAAGAUAAGGCCGAAGCUAAAAAAGCAGCGUUGGCAGCCGCUGGCGUCCUUGCUAGUGCCGAUGUCCGGGAUAUCGCGAAUCUGCUCGAUGAGGGUGACGAAGAUUUGCUUUUUUAAGUACUCCUUCAAAGUAACGUCUUUUAGAAACAAAACUGGCAACAUCGUAUGGCUCGUCCCAUCGUCAGAUAAACCAGAAUGUUGCGUAUAUUCCAGUGUUUCAUUUCGUUGUGUGGGUUACGCUUGUAAAACUCUCCUUACGGCUAAUAAGCUCAAAAUAACAUUUUUCGCUCAAUUGUUGACAAACCGGAGUUCUCACACACAUUUUUAGUCUUGCAACACUGGAGUACAUGUAGCAUCAUGGAUAACAUGUCAGUUUUGACAGUUCAUGAUAUUAAAGCUCUGUACAUACCUGUUAUCGUUGUUGUUUGAUGCUGUUUAACUCGAGAGGUGUGUUCCGUUGUUAUUACGGUAUGUACGUAGUUAGCUUGUUUAGUAGAUGUCUUGUAUGUAAGCAUUCCAAUGGAUUUGUAAUUAAUGUUGUAAUCACUACAGAGUUCUUAAAUGAAUAUUGUCGUCCACCCAAAGAUUUCCACAGAUAAGUAAUAUAAGAAUAAGUUUUGAUACACUUAUUAAUUAUCCUUCAACUUUAUUAAUUGACAAUUUUUUUUAUCUGUGGACUUAAAAUUAAUUUUACAUCAUUCAGUAUAAAUACACCAAUAAGUAUUGUUUUUGAGUUGUUGUUUUAAUAGAUGAUGAAUAUUAUAAGUGAAAUUAUGUAAAUACAAUAUAAUAAAAAAAUAUAAAUGCAAUAUAAUAAUUAUUGAAUUA